AUGGCCGCCGCCGUUGCCAAACUCAACGUCACGAUUUCCAAGCCGCUCCCUAUGGUUUCCCAAAAGCACGUAGAUCCCCCAGCCCCUUCCACUUCUCGGCAACCCCCGCCAUCGGAGCACCAACCGAAGACAUUCAGUCGGCUACGUUCCUCUUUGGAGCAGAGUUUGCGGACCGCGACCAAGUCAAAGGCCAAGGGUCCCGCGCCCGUCGACGAGUCGGGAGUGCUCUCCCAUGGUGCAGGCAAGGGCAAGGGAAGAGCAUCCGAGGACGAUGGCCCUAAGGAGAAGGAGAAAGCCAGAUCGCGGAUGCUAUCUAAAGUUUCGUUCCGCCGGCCGGGCAGAGAUGUAUCUUCGCCCUCACCCGUGCCACCUGUGCCUCCUCUGUCCGUCGAAGAAAGAGGCGACGCUGCGCGGGGGAACGGGGCUCGGGCUCAGGACAAAGUUCGAGUCGCUGGCCAUACGAGCUUCUUGACGCCCUCGUUGCGACAGGCCUCCAUGUCUUCCCCCGCCUUGCACCUGUCGGCGCAGUCCGUUUCCUCCCCCUUCACCCAGCCCUUCGCGCUCCCCAGCGGGUCCACCUCCAAUGUUGCAGCUCUCGUAUCGCCACCUAGAGACCGUGCUCGAAAGUCCAGCGUUCAGCCCGCCGUAAGUACCAAGGACAUCAGCGGCCCAGCUCCUCUGGUUCCCAAACGAGAUACCCGCGCCAACGGCACGUCCUCACCAUCCCCCAGGGAUCACGAGCAGCGACCAUCCAAGAGUCGACCGGCCCCCCUCACGCUCUCUCGCGACCGUGCUCGCUCACCACCUCCGGAGACCCCGACGCGCAAGUCCAGGGACACGACGAGAUCACCUGAUCUAUCACCCCCGGGCUCGCCGUCGCCUCGAGGGAUCGGCGUGAGCUCGAGAAGGGCAGCGGCAAGCGCGAGCCAUCUCCCUCUCGGCCUCGGAUCCCCCCCGUCCACCCCACACACGCCCCGUGCGACCAGUCCGAUCCAGCCCCGUUCGUCGUCCCGCACGUCCACGCGCACACCGACACGGGUGAUUCCCUCCGCGUCCUCGUCAUCACAUCUCCCGCUCGCAUCGACGUCCUCUGCCGCCUCCGGUCGACGGCCCUCCUUCGACGCCCGUCGACCAUCAAUAGAUGCCCGUAGACCCUCCUUGGACGCUCGCCCCAGCAACAUCUCGCCAUCGCCGUCCAGCUCUAGAGCGGGCUCGCCAAUAGCCCCUGCCGCCCGCACUCGCGCCGUCUCCCCGACGCAGCGCAACUACUCGCCCGGCUACCAGAACCGCCUGUACAAUGCCUCCACGACGUCGCUCGCCGCCUCUGCGCCUUCGAAUCCGGAACACAGGGAAUCGAUCCGGGCGGCGACGUCGUUCCUGUGCAAGGAGAUGCUCAAACCACCGUCGCAGGUGAACAAGUCCAGCUUGGACCCGAAGGAGUACGAUGAGGUCGAGGCCCGGUUGCGGGCGCUGGCGCGCUUAGAACGCAUCUGGACGCGGACGGGGGCCAUGGGGAGCACGACGCAGGUCAACUUGGCGGGGCAGGGCAGCGGCGUCGCGUCGGGGAGCGAUGAGAAGGAGAGGCGGCUGUUCGCGGAGGCGUUGCGGGAUGGUUAUGUUCUGUGCCAAUGCCUGAACAAGCUCUUCCCGGGCACGGUCGCGCGGGUCGACCGGCGCGAGGACGGGUUCGUGCGCACGUCGAACGUCACGAAGUUCCUCGCGGGGUCAUCGUCGGUCGGACUUGGGGCGGACGAGCUCUUUCACCGCGAUGACCUCAUCGAGGCCACGGGCGAGUCGCUCUCAAGGGUCGCCAAGUGCGUUCUCGCGCUGUCGCGGCUCGCGGAAUUCCCGGGGGUGGACAAGUCGAAGAUCAUGCAGGGGCAGGCUGGAGGGCGUGCGGCGAGCAGCCCUUAUGGGCAGAACGGCCGCGCGGCCGCGUCCACGCCCAACCUCAGCAUGUCGCAGCUCCAGCGCUCGACGUCGCCUGUUGGCCCCGGCUCGCCUGGCGUGCGGAAGAGGUGGAGUCCGCACCAGCAUUUGCCCACGGUCCGUUCCGAUAGCCCUAACGAGGAGUCGAGCGACGGCCAGACGGUGAACAACGACGACGUCUUCGGCAGCACCCCCAACACCAACGAGUCGCGGUCCAGCCCCCGAGACAGGGAUGAGAUGCGGCCGUCUGUCCCUCCACGCUCCCCCCUGCGCGUCCGACCCGUCGUCGAGCGGAUAUCUAUAGCUGACUCGACCCGUGCGUCCAUGGGCGACUCGGUCAUCGGCUCCCUCGCGGAGUCCGUCGAGCUCCCGGUCCCUGUGGGGAUGCGUCAGUCCCAGGCGUCAAGCAACCUCACCGACACGACCAUGUUCUCCAGCCUCCUCGAGCCGCCGCGGAGCCCGGGGAGCCAGAACAAGUUCGGGACGAUCCGCACCGUGACGACCGAUGCGACGUCCUUUGUGGCCUCGGACGCGCCGUCCAUCACGCGCACCGAGGGCAGCUCCAUCGCGCCGUCGUUCAAGGAGGAGGGCCGGAAGCGCGCCGUCGACUCGCCCAUCCGGGCCUCCCGCGAGCGGCGGCCGAGCGAGACGGCCAUCGUCGACCUGUCGAGGGUCGUGGAGGAGACGGAGGACGGCGCGACGAGCAGGACGCGGUCGGACAGGACGGAGUCGGACAAGGCUCGGUCCCCGGCGAGAGCCGUGCCUAUCAAGCUCGGGAAGGGGAAGUGGCCCGACGACUUCAUCGGCUUGGACGCGUUCCAGGCGCCGAAGUCGUCCGUUUUGGACGAGGACGAGGACGACGACUCGUUCGGCGUGUCGGUCCACACGCCCCUUUCCGUCUCGCCGCCACGCAGCAAGCUCGCGUUUUCGGCGCGGCCGGCGAACGAGAGCGUCGAGUCCCUGCCGCAGUUCCCGCGGCGGCCGACGCACCGCGCGCGGCACAGCGUGGACACGCCCGGGUUGUUGCCCAAGGACCAGCUGCUGCGGCGCGACUCGUCCCCGGACGCGAGCGGCUCGCCGCCGCGCCGGAUCGUCCUGAGGCGCAGCAGCUCGAAGGCGCCGAGUAACCGCAAUGGCAUCUACAUCCCGCGCAAUGAGGGCUCUGCUUCGCCUGAGGACGCGAGCAGCGACGUCGCCGUGCCGUUCCCCCGCACGGUGUCGGGCGAGCACUCGACGCCCCCCGGGGCUGGCUUCGUGUUCCCGUCCGCGUCGCCCGACGGGUCGAAGACGGACCUGCUGAACGGCGGCGCGGCGCCCGACCGCCCUCGGCUCCUGCGGGGCCGGUUCCAGAGCGAGGUCGACGCGGCGGGCUCGCGCAGGAAGCCGCGGCCGAACUCGUUCGACGAGUACGGGGCGAAGCCGGCGAGGCGGUCGAGGUUCGAGAGCAUGGUCAACCUGGGGGUCGCGUCGAGCAACGCCAGUGCGAGCGACCUUAUGUCCCGCGAUUCCUACGAUGGGAGCGCGGUUCGGCAGACGUUGAUCGUCCGGGAGGACGGCAAGGCACCGACCCAAUUCCAACUGGGCAAUUGCAUCGGACGUGGGCAGUUCGGCGCCGUGUACCGAGCGCUCAACCUGAACACGGGCCAGAUGGUCGCUGUGAAGCGGAUACGCCUGGAGGGCCUGAAGGAGGACGAGAUCGCGCAGCUCAUGAAGGAGGUGGACCUGGUGAAGAGUCUGUCGCACCCCAGUAUCGUCAAGUACGAGGGGAUGGCACGCGACGACGACACGCUCAACAUCGUUCUUGAGUACGCCGAGAACGGGUCCCUGGGUCAGACACUGAAGGCGUUUGGGAAACUGAAUGAGCGACUCGUCGCCAAUUAUGUCGUCAAGAUUUUGGAAGGGCUGCACUACCUCCAUCAGAACGACGUCGUCCACUGCGACCUAAAGGCGGCGAACAUCCUGACGACGAAGACCGGCAACGUCAAGCUGUCCGACUUUGGUGUCUCGCUCAAUCUCCGCGCCAUGGAGCGUGAGAUGAAGGACGUCGCGGGCACCCCGAACUGGAUGGCACCCGAGGUCAUCGAGCUCAAGGGCGCGUCUACGAAGUCCGACAUCUGGUCGCUUGCUUGCACAGUCAUCGAGCUGCUGACGGGACGGCCUCCGUACGCGGAUAUCGCGAACAGCAUGUCUGUCAUGUUCCGCAUCGUGGAGGACGCCUCGCCGCCGUUGCCGGAGGAAUGCUCCGAGAGCUUGCAGGACUUCUUGCGAAUGUGCUUCCACAAGGAUCCUACGAAGCGCCCGAGCGCGGAACAGCUAUGCGAUCACGAGUGGCUCAAGAAACACUCGGCUGCUCACAAGCAUUUGCAGGAGCUGCGGCCGCAAGACAGCAUCCCGUUCUUGCGCCGCGUCAGCGCUGACAUGCAGAAAUCGAAGUCCAUCCACUUCCUUGCUGACAUCGGGCAGCAGGUCUCAGAUCCGGUGGCUAUUGACCGUCGGACCUCCCUCGAUCAACCGUCGUCUCCCAUUCGGCCGAGGCUGUCGAACGGUCAGGACGCCAUCUCUCCCCGAGAGCAUUCCUUCGUGAAGACGACGUUUGGGAAACCGGUCAUUUGCAGAGUAUGCCUCCAGAGCGUCAAGAAGAGUGCUGUGCUUUGCGAACAGUGCAGCCUCAUCGCUCACGCGAGAUGUGCCCCCAACGCUCCGCCUACUUGCGACCUACGUUCUCAGCUGCUCCUUUACGCGCAGUACGCGGAGAGCGGGAAUCCUGUGAACCCUUAUUCUCCUAUGGAAAUUCUCGCGGCAGCAGCACAGGGCGGUCCCCCUACAAGCCCAACCAGCCACACGUCCGAUGACGGUUAUUCGCGGCGUACGAGCAUUGAAUCCGUUCAGACGCCGCCCAAUCUCUCUGGCGUGCAUGGCCACGUACACCCUCCUACAGCAUUCAAAGUCUUCUCCGCCUUCAAGCGAUCCCGGUCCUCGUUAACGAUUGAUCAAGACCAUCAGGUACAGUCCUCGCCCGCUUCGUCGUCUCAACCAACCCGACAAGUUACCCACAAGAAGUCGGUUCUUCGUCGCAAGAACACUGAGGUUUCUGAACGCCCGCGCUCAAUCUCGAGUAAUACGAGUACCACGCCCAACUCUGCCAGCAUGCGUAGCGCCGUCACCGCCGCCGAGAGUGUCUCAUCGAGUCACCGUCGCAGUCAGAUAUCAGCCGACUUUAUGUACAGCAGGAUCCCUGAUACCUCUCCACGCACCGCAUCCUCUGCUUCUCAGGACUAUCCAGGUGAACUCUUUUUAUUAUUGCAUAUCAUGAUAGUUCCUAUUACGCGCCCUUAA